AUGCUGACGGAAAAUAAUUUUCAUCAUCAUAAUGGUGGUUCUGUAGUUCCUCAACAUCGUGUUCAUUAUGCUCCCUAUCAGCCUCCAACAUAUUCAGGAAAGUUAUCACAACAACAACAACAAAAUGAUUUACAAACGCCUAAAUUUGAUUUACAUAAUGCUGUUCGGACAAAUGACGUUGCUGGCAUAAUACGUUUACAUGGUCGUCUUAGGCAACAACCACUUGUAGCCGAUGCUUGUUUAUUAGAUUCAAAUGGGCAUACACCACUUUAUACAGCUAUAGCCAAUGGUAGACUUGCUAUGGUUGAUCUUCUUCUUCAUCUUGGUCAUAAUCCCUAUUGCAUAUCAGUGGCUCGUGAAUCAGCAUUAAAUGUUGCUAUAACGUCUGGUCGUCUAGAUAUAAUAGAUUAUUUACUAUCACGUGGUUUUCCUAUUGAUUAUGCUGGAUUUGAAAAUAAAACACCAUUAGAACGAGCUAUUGAAUGUAAUCAAGGUUCGGUUGUUGUUACUUUACUCAAGCACGGCGUUGAUUGGCGUCAUUAUGACGAACAACGUAAAACAGGUGAUAUGUCACUUAUUGAAUGGGCAUUGGCACAUGAACAUCCUCAAGUCUUAGGUGUACUUAUUGAUUUAUACGGCGAUGAUGAAUCUGUAUUCAAUCAAAUCGGCAUGUUGUAA